UUACUGUAAAUCAAAGAGUUUGGCUUAAGCAACAUGGCGGAACGGAAUCUGUUGGCCAUCCUCCUUUUGGCCAGCAUCUGCAUGGCCCAGGCAUAUCCGGCUUUAUUGCCCUACAUCUACAAUCCUUCCAAGCGUAGCAGCAGUGACACGGUUUUUCCCCAAAUCGAGGACGACGUGAGUGAACUGGACCAGCUGCGGAAUGAACCGGGAGCGGUGGUGGCCAAGCGGCAGCACGACGGAAGCACCGCCCGCACCACCACAACCACCAAGGAAAGUGUCGAGGAGGUGGCUGCUGCUCCUGAGCCUGGCCAAAAUCCAAAUGCGAAUAUUCUGCCCGACUUGGAGAGGCAGUUGGAAGUGGCGACGCCUUUGAUUUCGACCACUACCACUACGAGCACCUCGGCCACCACAACCACGGCCACCUCCAAAGAAGAGGGUGAGAGGUCACAGCUGGAGGAGCCCAAGACCCAAAUCAAACCCGUGGUAGAGCCGACGGCCCAUGCCAAGUGUAUAUCUACGAAACCACCCAAAAAUCAACAGGCAUUUUACGGGGCGGCUCGUCUAGCUUUUGGCCAAAAUCCGGAGGUGUUGCCAACGACCACGACCACAAGUACCACAACCACAUCAACCACCACGACCACGACGGCAGCUCCUCCAGCUGAGCCCGAGCCACAAGAGGAUUCCCAGCCACCAGCCGAAACGGAGGCUAAGGAAGAUGGGGCCGAGACAGAGGAGGCAGCCGCUCCAGAUGUGGCCGGAGAACCAGCCGAGGCCGAGGAUCCCGCCGGCGAAGUGGCCGAAACCGAAUUGACUGCUCUGAGUCCGCCCAAACCGAAACAAAACCAUCACGAACCGAACAAGGAGACCAUUGGAGACAUUGUCUUCGACGUGGUGGCCCGAACCACGGAGCGAAGAUCCAGCACGCCCAAGAUCACGGCCAAGACCGCCAAAAACCUGCUAAGCAGUCCAAAUGGUCAGUACUCCUCGUUCGACAUGGCUCAGUACAUUUUCUGGACUGGAGAUGAGACGGCUGUGGUAAAAGCUGUGGAAGAACUGGUUGAGGGAAAGGUGAUUACCAGGGAGAACGCUCUAAAGUUCCUGCAGGACAUUCGAAUGGGAAUAGAGUUCCUGCAGCGGUCCUAUGCCAAUCGAAUAUUCCCAGAGGAGGUUCGCCAGAAUCAAUUAAAGCGCCACAGCCCCCCAAAUACCACUCCUCCAACUACAUCCACAACAACAACUACGACAACAACAAGCACAACCACAGAAAAACCAUUCCCAGAAGUGCACGAAUCCGGUUUCGAAUCCGGGAACGCCAGAGGAGUAGGAGUCCUGCCCGCGAAGAACUUCGAUAGUUUCACCUUCUGGAACAAGCUCAAGGUUCUGGACAGCGAGGCACAGCAAGACUUAAAUGAUUAUGAUGAAGGUCGGGCUAAAAUUGUGGAGUACUUGUACAAUGAAUACUCUCUGGAGGAGAUCCUCUACAAGCUGGCAAAGGUUAUGUUUGCCCAGUCGCUAUCCCAUGGGUCCGAUGAGGCUCAAAUGGAGCUUCAAAAGCUGACCGAAUUCCUAGAACGCGAGGGUAAUAUGGGAGUUAUACCCAUUGACUUGCAGAAGAAAGUUCUGAGAGUCCUGCUUAGCGCAUUGUCGGAUACGCUGACCGAACAUCCGGAGCUGCUGCCGGCGGCACGGGUCAAUCUGGCCAACCCGUUCUACAGGCUUCCAAUGCAUACCCCCAGCCAAUAGAGCUUUAUUGGCGGCUAUCAGAUUAAUGCAAACCCUAUAUAUAUAUACGUUAACACGCAUAAUCCGCAUCAGCUAAAUGGCAUAUACCCACGGAUCGGCGCUACUCUGGGGAGGCGCUCUCUCGGAACUUUGAUUCAACUCGGCCCUAAGUUCACCCGAUCGAUUGGCACCUUCCACUUUGGUUAACGGAUUAGCCUACGUGUAAUAUAGCAAAAUACUCUCGUGAUAUUUUUCGGUUAGGCAGAAACAGUACGAUAAGAAAAUCAAAAACAAAAUAAAAUACAACCCAAAGUAACCGAACCAAAACCAAAAACCAAAACCAAAACCAAAAACCAAACAAAACUGAUGAGAGAGACUUGCGCCCCUUUGAGCUUUUAAAAUUAAAAUAGAUUAUCUAUAUGUGUAUGUCCACGGUAUGCAUACGAAUUGGCACACUUGCUUAUAUUUGAUAUGAGUUUGUUAGUUAGAUACAAUGAGAGGUUGAGGUUGGGUCGCUGGCAAAAUCGAUGGGCCGCCACGGACGACCGAUUGAAGCAGGAAAGGGCUCUGAGUCCGCCUAUAUCAGUAGAAAAUAUGGCUAUAAACGCUCCACAGACGAGCGACUGUCGUAAAUAGUUAAUUACUCUAUAUGUUCUCCCCCUGAAUAAUUGAGCGUUUCAUGCAUUAUUGAUGGAUUGGUUAAAUGAUUGAUUGUUUUGCGAGUUACAUAUACGAUAUGCAAAUAAGAACUAGAACCUGUAUCAAGAAAUUAUCGAUUAUACA